AAACGAUGUGCGAAACGAGUGAGUGAAUAACCCUGAAACCAGAACCCUGCCGUCCGCACUAUCUCUCAACUACAGAAACUGCGCCCCCGUCGUCAAAGAAGAAAUGGCUAAGAACCGACCCGAACCCGCGAAAUCUGUCGAUACGGACGAGGAAUCCGAGCAAGAGGAGGAAGAAGCUUCAUCCGACGAGAAUGGAGGUUCCGAUUCCGAGCCAGAGCCACCCUUGACCCAGGUUUCCAGGACUCCGGUCACUAAAAAGCCGUCUGCCUCGGCUCCCAAGAAGCCCGAACCCAAACGCGUCUCGUCCUCUGAGGAAUCCGAUUCUGAAUCUGACGGCGAUUCCGAUUCCAACCCCAAUGUCAAGCCCAUCGCUUCCAAGCCCAUGGACGACCCCAAGGCUCCUUCCGCCGCCGCUACGCCGACUAAGAAGCCCAGAUCCAAGCCUGCUGCUCCUAGACCCACUUCUCCGACCAAAUCCGCCGCCGGAACUAAGCGGCCAGCCGCCGACGGUGAAGCCAAGGAAUCGAAGAAGUCCAAGAAGAAACCGAGUGGUGAGGUUGAGAGUUCGGGGGUUAAGAAAUCGAUGACUGAAGACUCAAAGAAGAAACCCACUGUUGAGGUUGAGAAUUCUGCUAAGAAAUCACUCACUGAAGACUCAAAGAAGCAACUUUUUCAAAGACUCUGGAGCGAGGAGGACGAGAUUGCUGUUCUGAAGGGCAUGAUCGCUUAUGCAGAAGAAAAGAAUGCUGAUCCAGUUACUGACUUGAACGCUUUCCAUGAUUUUAUUCGAGAAUCUCUGCACAUUGAUGUCACCCGGACUCAAUUGCAAGACAAGAUACGGAGGCUGAAGAAGAAGUAUGAAAACAACGCACGUAAGGAAAAGAAAGGAAAGGAGAGAACUUUCUCCAAAAUCCACGAGCAAAAUGCGUAUGAUUUGUCCAAAAACAUAUGGGGUAGCCUUAAAGCCCAGAAUGGGAGUGUUGUUAAAGCUGCAGAAACCUCGAAAGCUAGUAAUGCAAGUGCAAGGAAAGACCGGAUUAAGAAUGCUGUUAUUCCUGUUAAGGCUUCCACUGUAGCAGCAGCUGAGGUGGUUGAUCAUGUUUUGGAUGAAGAGAAAGAAGCUAACGCAAACAUGGAUGUUGAUACCAAUGUGGAAGGUUCCAAGAGUUUGAAUUUGAGUGGAGGAAGUCUCUUUGGGAAGUCAUUGAAUGAGUUGGCAGAGUGGAUUGAUAAGAACAAGGUUGGGCUUAGCGAGGAAAAAUUGAUUGAGAUGGAGGGGAAGUGGAAGGCCCUUAAAGUAGCUGAGCUCGAGCUGUUCUUGAAAAAGGCUGCCUUGAUUCAGGAGCAGGGAAGACUGGUUCUGGAUGCACUGAAAUAGGUUUGCAGGUAUAUUAUGUUAACGGGGUGGCUAAUAUCGUUUUGUGCUUAUAGGUCUAUUUUGAUGAUGUUGGCUUUCUGCAUUUACUAUUUACUUUUCGUCUCAAUUAACUAGCGGACGACUGGUGGUAGAUCAUGGUAGUAGAGGUUAUUGUGUUUAUUACAUUAUUUGAACUAGAGUACUUUAUUGACAUUCUAGCUUUGUAUUAAGCUCACAUGAAUCUGCUCUUGACUCCUGUUGUUGUUUCCCGUUUAUAUCAUCAUUUAUUACCGUUUUAGUUAUAGCUUCUUUAAUGUUAGCUACAUUUCAA